AGAGUACCCUGGAUGCCUUCCGCUUUUUUUCGAUAUCUAUUAAAUUCUUUCGUAAGUUCGAUAUCUUUCCUAAAAUCGGGUACUAAUAUAGUGUUUCACUGUCUGAUAUGAAAGAAAGCCCAACAAAAUGACAAAAUGAUAUACCAUCAACUUCCAAAGACCCUCCCGCUGUGAGUUUCCAAAGCUCCCAAGAAUCCACACAAAUCAGUCCUUCCACGGGGAAACUCGAGACCUUUAUAUACCAUAGCCCUGCUAUCUUACUUGUCUCGCAUCGCGCCAACCCCAAUGGGGAUAUUAUUCAGAACCCCGCACUUAGGCAGCACCACUGCAUUCAUUGCCCUCUACCAAUGCCACACCUACAGCAUGUUACAAAGGACAUGUUCCGCGCAGUGCACAAUGGAGUCUCUGGAAGUUGUUCGUUGCACGGAAGCCGCUUUGUCAACCCCAAACCGUUCGACAGUUUCGCAGUUAAGGUGUAAGGUAACGAUCGACUCUGACACUCGGGGCAUGGCUGUUGAUUAAGGACCUACAGCCGGGUUGCUUUGACCAAGGUGUUGAUUAACUCUUGUUGCUGGUGUUCCAGUGGAAGUCCUCUCUUGACGGACUUGGCCCGCACCAGACCAGCCCAUGGAGAUCUAGCUGCUAAUUUGGUAUAUUCGUUUGUCAACGUCCAUUUUCCAGACACUAAAAUAGCCUGCUGCCAGAGCAAAAAAGUAUGUA